AUGAUUUUCAGCCGGAAAUUGCUGAAAGAGACAAUAACUUCUGUUCAAAAACUUAUCAAACAUGAUCUAAAUAUAGUCACCGCUGAUAAGUAUAUAAUAAGUGUGAAAGCAGGAAAUGGUGGAACCGGUUUAGCAAGGUUGGUUUUUAAAAAAGUUUUAAUGGAAAAUUUUUCGAAAAUUAUAUGUUUAAGGUACAAUGGAUGUGGAGGUUAUGGCGGGAAUGUGUAUUUUGUGGCAAAACCGAAUGUGGCGUUUACAGAUAUCAAACGAAAAUUGAAAUCGAAGAUGAAAAUUCGAGCAGAUCCUGGAGUUUCUGCGAACAAAUUAGGAUUGAUUGGAGCGCACGGAAAACAUGAAUAUUUUGAGGUGCCAAUCGGAAUUGAAGUCGUUGAUCGGGAAAACAAUACACUUAUUGCCAGAUGCAGCAGACCUUUUAAUAAAUAUUUAAUAGCUAGAGGUGGAGAAGGAGGAUCAGCAAACACUGGAUACAAGUAAGUCGGAGACUCCUGAUAUUCUGAAUAUUUAACUAGGGUGUUUUUAGAGGAUUACCAGGACAAGCACUUGAGAUUGAAGUACAUUUAAAACUCCGGCCAAAUAUUGGAUUGCUAGGUUUUCCAAAUGCUGGAAAAUCCACUAUUUUGAAAGCGUUUGUUCCAGAAAAAUCGGUGAAAAUUGCAGAUUAUCCAUUUACCACAGUUAGUUAUUUUUUGAUAAUUGAUUAUUUUCUAAAUUAUAUAACUGCCCUUCAGGUGAAUCCACAAGUUGCAUUCUGGAAUUCAUCAACACCAUCAACAUCUUCUACAUCUCCACUCGCUGAAAAUUUCACAGUUUCAUUAGCCGAUCUUCCUGGAAUUAUUGAAGGAGCUUCGAGAAAUCGUGGAAGAGGAUAUCAAUUUUUGAAACACUUGGAAUAUGCGGAUAUUGUUUUAAUGGUUGUUGAUUGUCAAGGAUUUCAGUUGAAAAAUGAGUUGGAUUGUCCUUUCAGGUAAGCCAAAUUACAAAUCUCCCAAAUUUGAGUUUAGCUCCAAAAACUUAUUAUCGAAAAAUUAUAAAAAUUUUCGAAUUUUCAAACGAUGCUCCAGGUUUACAAGAAUGAAAAAUGCUCAGAACCUAUGUGUAAACGCUGAGCGUUGUUUGAAAAUUUUAACUUAAAUAUUUAAAAUAAAGAAAUCUGCAUGUAAAUUCGGAUUAUCGUUUAAAAAAACUGAAAUAUCCGAUUUUCAGAAUUUCAUAUUUUUCAGAUCUCUAGUUUUGCACAGAUCCCGGGAUAUUUUGAAAUUCAACACAUAGUUCAAAAAUGAAAUAUUUUUCAUUCAGAACACCCCUAGAAUCGAUUGCUUUGCUCAACAAAGAAGUCGAAAAUUACGACAAAAAACUGGCGAAAAAACCAAUUGUGCUGGUUCUCAACAAAAUCGAUCUUUUGGAAUCUGACGAAUCUCGCGACAAUAUCCAAAGCCUUCAAAAUCUCCUGAAAACCAAAAAUUGGUGGAUGGGACUUCCUGAAGAAUUUCGGCCAACAAUUCCAAUGCGUUUCGAAAAUGUUAUUCAAUUGUCAGCAAAAUCUGGAAAAAUUGAGGAACUUCAGAAAGUUUUGACUGGUUUGAGACAUCAUAUUCAUGCUUUAACUGAUGUUCCGGAAAAUUCGAAUUUUGAAGAGAAACCCAGAAAGAAGAGGCUUUUAUAA